AUGGCUGCCGUUGCUUCACAAUUCGCCUCCACUGCCGCUCUCGAGAGGGGCCAGUUGCGCGAGACAGAAGGGCGAUCUGCUUCCGUAGCUGUUUGCUUCAAUGGCCUCAGACGUGAAUCUACGACAGCACUACCAUCCCGAUCAAACCGCAUCGUCCACCGCCGUUCACGGUUUUCAGUCGCACGUGCAGCAGAGAGCAGUGAUUCCUCUGGUCCGUCACCUUCUCCACUCGCUACAGUCACACAGUCCUCCUCUACUCCCGACCUGUCUUCCGCCACUGCCGCUUUGGACCGCCUCAGAACCAAUCUCGCUUCAUUCACACAGUCCACCUCCACUCCUGAAGUGUCUGCCGCCAUUGACGCUGCUAAGCCUUACGCUCCAUCCGUCCUAGGCGCCGGAGCGCUCGGUGUUGCGUCUUAUUUAAUAGUCAGAAAGCUCACGUCUGGUUCUGCUAAAGCGGAAGCGGGAGCAGAAGCUGAAGCAGCUCCUCCUGGCGGCAUCGUGCCACGUGCCAAAAAGGCCGCAACAACUGCGCUAGCGGCGAUGGCCGCGACUUUCCCGCGGGCCAUGCAGGAGGAGGCUUUCAUGAAGGCCGUGAGCCAAGAGCUCAGCAAGCUGGGCUUCAAAAGAGACAACUGCAUUGCGCUGGUGUCGACAUGCCGGGACGAAGUGUGCAGGCCGGUGGUGAGCCUGGUGGAUCAGGAAUUCGGGCUGUCAUUCAACAUCGCAGGGCUGGGCGGCGUGCUCAACUGCGGCUCCACGGGCUUUAAGGCCGCCAUGUCGCACUCGCCAGAGUUUCGCUGCGAGACUGAUGGGACUGUCAAGGAGAGAUACAUCUUCUUCGCCUUCCCUCACGUGUCAAUCGGAGAGUCGGGAGAGGUGGGAUCACUUCUGCGGCGCGGCCGAGGCAAGCCCUCCAGCGCAUGUGGAGCGCUGAUCGCUAUUCAGAACGACAUCAACGCGGGCAAGGCAACGGUGUCGGAUCCUUAUGACGAGGAAUAUGUGCUGCUCAAGAAGAAAGUCAAGUCACUGAUUCUACGGCGGGGAGCUUCGGAGUAUUCGUUGGUGGAGGUGACUUGCGCUGCACUGGCAGCCAUCAAUGAUGACCUGGAAAAGCUCAUCUCCCUCACUGUCGACCCAGCCACUGCUGACUACGCUGUGAUCACGGGCGUGCAGAUUCACUCAGGCAACCAGAUUCCUGGAGAGCCAUUCCGCAUUGAGCGGACUUGUGAUUAUAUUGCUCCUGAUAUGAUAUCAACCAGGCGCAGCUCUUUAAGGGCUCUCAGUUCGUUGUCUGGUGCUACUCCAUUUGACGAUGCUCUCGAAUCAGAAGACGAGUCCAUUGAGCAGUAUGAAGCACGACUGGAAGCUAGAAGACAGCAGCUGCAAGCAAGUGGAGCGGCCGUUACGAGCAGUCCCGUUUCAUCGACAGGUAGCAUGGCGGAAGCGUUUGAGAUAACGCCUCAGACGGCCAUGGGGAUCACGGGUAUAAUCAGCAUUGUCGCUGUAGUAGCUCCGUUCUUCAUGAGCGCGUGGAACCCUGCAGCUUCGCCUCACAUGAAGGGCCUCACCUACCUGACGCUGCUCCUGGGAUUCUACAUGGCGUGGAACAUUGGUGCGAAUGACGUGGCAAACGCAAUGGGGACGUCAGUGGGUUCGGGUGCGCUGACGCUCCGCCAGGCCGUGCUAGCAGCGGCGAUCUUGGAGUUCGGUGGGGCUUUCCUGGUGGGAUCGCACGUGAGCCACACGAUGCAGAACGGAAUCAUCAAGGCGAAUGUGUUUGCCGGGAAGAACGCAAUGCUGUUCACAGGCAUGAUCUCCUCUCUUGCAGCCGCGGGAACGUACCUCGUCCUCGUCCCCUUGACCUCUGACACUCCCUUUUUUCUCCAAACUCUUCCACUCCCUUUCUCCUCUUCCCCUAUUCGGCCCUUCCUCUCUUUCCCCCGUCCGUUCCCGCUCUGCCACCUCCUCUCCCCUUCCGACUCACCCCCACCGCGUCGGUACCACACGCAGUUCGUCUACAGCUCGUCCAAUCCGGGGCAAGCAGCGUCCACGGCGGCGCCGAUCCUCGUCUUCGCGGGUGUCUCAGCCUUCUCCUUCUUCUCGCUCUUCACCUCCCCCGGAGUCCUGCUCCGCGCAUGUGCGCUCUCCCUGGCCGCGGGGGUCGCUUCCGCGGUGGCCAUGUCGGCGGUGAUCAAGAGGCAGAUGGGUGAGCUGCUGGGAGAGUUCUGUGAGAUUCCUCCCAAGCAGGUGGAGGAGCCGAAGCCAGAGAAGGGCCGCGGCCCCAUGGGCACGCAGCUGCAUAUCGUUUAUGGCGUGUUUGGAUACCUGCAGGUGCUUUCUGCUUGCUUCAUGUCGUUUGCCCACGGCGCAAACGAUGUUGCCAAUGCCAUUGGCCCCAUCUCUGCUGCUCUAGCUAUCCUUGCCUCCUCCUCCUCAUCCAUCCCCUCGUCAUCCCUCGCUGCUGCUCCAGUGUCUGCCGGUGUUGCCACACAGGUUCUUAUUUGGGGCGGUUUUGGCAUUGUGGCUGGUCUUAUCAUCUGGGGUUACCGUGUCAUUGCAACGAUCGGGAACAGGAUCACCGAACUCACUCCCACGAGAGGAUUUGCAGCAGAGUUUUCGGCAGCUACGGUGGUGGUGGUUGCUUCCAGACUGGGGCUCCCUAUCUCUGCCACACAUACUCUUGUUGGAGCGGUGAUGGGAGUGGGCCUUGCACGCGGUAUUGGGAGUGUGAGGGCCGAUGUGGUGAAGGAGAUUGUGGCAUCGUGGCUCGUCACCAUCCCAAUUGGAGCUGCGCUGUCUGUGAUAUACGCUCUGGAUGUGAACACGGAGCGAGCAGAGGAUGUGCUCACCCACAAACGGCUUCUCGAAGAAGCUGCAAAGAUGCCAAGCCAGCCGGUGGUGCAUGUCCGAGCCGUGCGGGUCACGUCGGCCCUGCCAGGGGGGGCUGAUGGCGUUGCAGGGGGAGGAGGCACGAUGGAGACUGACGAGGCGGCAGCUGAAUUCAAGCGCCAAGGCAUGCUAGCUCCGCCAGCGUUCGGGUCCUCCCCGAAUCUGGACUCCCCAGUGCUGGCGGGGGGCGCCAUGUGCACGGACGCAGGGGGCGCGGGCGGGGUAGGGGGAGGGGGGAUACCAGAGGGUGCAGCAGUGAACGCGGAUGGGCAUUCAGAUGGAAAGGGGUCCUUCAGUUCUCUCUUGCAGGUGCCCAUGCACGAAGUCACUUUCUCCACUGUUGACCGCCCCAAGCUGCUCAGUCAACUCUCAGCAGUGCUGGCGGACGUGGGGUUGAACAUCCGUGAGGCGCAUGUCUUCUCCACCUCUGACGGGCUCUCCCUCGACGUCUUUGUUGUCGACGGCUGGCCCUCCGAGGACGUGGUGGAGAUGCGGGCUGCACUCAUGCGAGCAGCACAGCAAGCGGGGGAAAAUGGCGCGCAGUCAACCCUUCCAGAAGCAUCCGGGCAAUCGAACCCCGCCAUGUCAGAAUCCACAGGCGUGCCCAUGUCCACGUCAGCAGCCACAGCAGCAGCAGCAGGACACGUGGCAGCCUCCAGUUUGUCCGGGGCGGACUCGCGUGUGCGUAUCCCAUCGGACGGGCGGGACGACUGGGAGAUUGACAACGACCAGCUGAAGCUGCAGCAUAAGAUCGCUUCUGGGUCGUUUGGAGACCUCUACCGAGGCACAUACUGUGGGCAGGACGUGGCAAUCAAGAUUCUCAAGGCCGAGCGGCUUAACGACUCGUUGCAGCAGGAGUUCGCUCAGGAGGUGUUCAUCAUGCGGAAGGUGCGGCACAAGAACGUGGUUCAAUUUAUUGGGGCCUGCACCAAGCCCCCAAACCUCUCCAUUGUCACCGAGUUCAUGGUGGGCGGCAGUGUGUACGACUAUCUACACAAGCACCGCGGCAGCAUGAAGCUACCCAUGGUGCUGCGUGUGGGCAUGGACGUGGCCAAGGGAAUGGACUUUCUGCACAAGAACAACAUCAUUCACCGCGACCUCAAGGCCGCUAACCUGUUGAUGGACGAGAAUGACGUGGUGAAGGUGGCGGACUUUGGAGUGGCCCGAGUGAAGGCCAACAGUGGCGUCAUGACAGCAGAGACUGGCACCUACCGCUGGAUGGCACCUGAGGUGAUUGAGCAUCGGGCAUAUGACCACAAGGCAGACAUCUUCAGCUUUGGCAUCACCAUGUGGGAGAUGCUGACGGGCAAGCUGCCCUAUCCAGACCUCACACCCUUGCAGGCAGCAGUCAGCGUGGUUCAACGAGGCCUGCGUCCGCCCAUCCCCAAGGGCACGCACCCUCGGCUGGCAGAUCUCUUUGAGCGCUGCUGGGCCACCAACCCUGCCGACCGACCUGAAUUCUCAGAGAUAAUCCGAGUCAUUGCCGAAAUCGCACAGGAGCUCGAGGAGGAUGGAGAGGCCGACCAACAGAGACGGGAGAAGCGCGGAGGGUUCUUUGCAUCAUUCAAGAGAGCAGGGUCAGGGCCUAGGUGA